AUGCUGUUCGCCUCCCCAGAAGAUGCUAAUCAACAACGAGCAGGUGCUUCCAAGGAAGAGCAUUGCCCCAAGGUACUAAAGACAAGGAAGCCGCUCUUUGAGAGAGAUGACGCUGCGGUGGCCCUCCAAGCCAAAGACAAGGAUUGGAACGGUGAUGCCGCAGAUGGGGAAGUUGAGUUAGAAAAUCCAUCGGCCAGGUAG